CUUUUUUAAUUUUUCAAUUUUGCCAUCCUUAUCUCUCCCUCUCUGCCUCUCUCUCUCUCUCUCUCUCUCUCCCCGUCUCCGCCUCGCUCGGAGCUACACCAAUGGCUACUGUCCUGAAAACUCCGACCAUCCGAGUAGCCCUCCCCCCACGCCCCACCACCACCGCAUCCUCAAAAUCGGAGAAACCCUUUUGCGUGUCCUUCAGACAGAGCACACCCAAACAUUCUCGUUUAAGCUCUCUCUGCUUCUCUCGCAUACCCUCCCUCCGCUUCGUGAAGUUCGUGCCUUUUGCUUCCUCCGGAGAAACCGAGACCACUGACACCCAGGAGGAGGUUCAACAACCUCAGCAAGCCGAGGACAUUUUGGAUGGUGCUGAUCGCAAUGAAGAUGUUACAAGUGAUGAUGUUACUGGUGCCGAAGAGGUACCUCCUUCAGUGGUCAUAUCUUUACUCCAAUCGUACAAAGAAGCUUUAGCCAGCAAUGAUGAAUCCAGAGUUGCUGAAAUAGAAUCUUUGUUAAAAUCUGUCGAAGAUGGGAAAACUACCCUUGAAAGGAAAGUAACUGAUUUGUCUGAAGAACUGACAACAGAGAAGGCUCGAAUUCUUAGGAUUAGUGCAGAUUUUGACAAUUUUCGGAAGAGGACAGAGAGGGAAAGGGUUUCACUAUUAACAAAUGCUCAGGGGGAAGUUGUGGAGAGUUUGUUGCCUGUAUUGGACAAUUUUGAGAGAGCUAAAGCCCAGAUUAAAGUAGAGACUGAUGGGGAAGAGAAGAUCAACAGUAGCUAUCAAAGCAUAUAUAAGCAGUUCAUGGAGAUACUGAGCUCGCUUGGUGUAGUUCCAGUUGAGACAGUUGGGAACCCCUUUGAUCCAUUGCUGCAUGAAGCAAUUAUGCGUGGGGAUUCCGAUGAAUAUGAAGAAGAUAUCGUUAUUGAAGAAUUUCGCAAAGGCUUCAAGCUUGGCGAUAGACUCUUGCGUCCGUCAAUGGUAAAGGUAUCAGCUGGUCCAGGGCCUGCAAAGUCUGAUCAAGUAGAGUCAUCGGAAGGGCAUGAAACAAGCAAGACCGCCGAGGAGGAGGGCGCUACAGUAUCAGAUUCUACCUGAAUUUACCAAUAAACAACCUCGAUUCAAUUUUGUAAAAGCAGGAGUUUAUUAUAUUGCUAUGGUCUCAUUUGUAAGACUAAAUUGGUGGAAUGUGAUUUUUCUUUCAUGGAAAGUAGUGAUGCUUCUUGGAGGGAAUACAAUUUGUUGUUGAAAACAGUCACACACUCUCUCUCUGUGCCUUAAUGUGGCUUAAUUCUACUAGGGCUUUCCCUGUUUCUCUUGCA